UUUGUUUACUUCCGGGUUCACUCAGCUGAGGGACACCACUCUUCUGUCUGAACGAGAUCGAAAUAGUGACAGCUUUAUUCUCGGAACAACGACGAUUCAUAUUUUGUUAUAUGGAAAAUCUGAUGUAAUGGUCUACAUGGAAAAUUAAUGUUGUACGAAUUUUAUUGUAACCUUCAACAAUUUUCCAACGAUUCAGACAGACUCUGCGUGGUGUUUUUAAGGAACCCGGAAGCGCUGUUAAAUUGGGUUUUAAUACGUGCCUCCCUGUGAAUAAGUUAUUUAGGGCGUGUCAUGAUUAAAACUCUUCAUGACAGAGUGAGGGAGACAACUGACAGAUCUUCCCACUAUUUUGAAGUCACGUCAUUAACUCAAGUCUUUACUGUGUCAGUGGUUUGAGCAUAUCUACUUUCUGAUAUCAUAUCCUGUUUAUAACUCCUUACAAUCUGUAUGGGCCGUUGACGUAAACUAUCAAUUCUAAAAGUGAGGAAAUAAUUUCUCACGUUUUUGCAACAAUGCCGUCAAGUACAAGUACAAGCAGGAGUUCAGGGAGAAAUCGCGAGGGUGGCACAAGGCGAAAUCGAUCCAGAGUAAGAUCUCGUACCCGACACCGAGAAUCAAGAAGCCAUUCACAGAGUCAGAGUCAGAGUCGUUUUCGCUUCAAGCUCAAGGAGCGAAACUACCCGGCAGCAGUGUGCAGCAUGAUAACGAUCGUGCUGUUGUGUGUGUCAAUGGCUGAACCCCGGUGGAUAUCGCUCCGAGGAGGGGGCUGCAGUUUGGCAGACACAAAGAAUGGAUAUCUUCACUCUCUUGGUGUCAACCAAUUUUUCUACAGCGGCAAAUUGGUUACCAUGCAAUCAGACAAGUCUAUACACUACCAUUUUGGUCCAGAUCCAGAUGAAGUGUUGAUCAACUGUGUGGACAGCAAGUCGGUGCUGCUCUUCAAGAUUGUCAUCUUCUUCAGUUUCUUGACGAUUAUGAUCUGCAUGGCUUCCUUCCUCCUCGACCUAACAGGGCCGUCCGGGAGAGUUCUGCAAAGAUUUCACCGUAAUGCAAUCUUCAGCAUCAUUACAGUGACCCUGUGUGUGGUCAUCAACCUGUUCUGCUACUGGAUAUCCUUCCUUGUUGAGCAAAUCCAGAAGAAGACAAAGCAGGAUCACGUGGAGGUCACAUUUGACAUCAGUUUCUACUUGGUGGCGGCGGCAGGAAGUGCCUCCGUGUUUGCCGUGGCGUGUAACUGUUUCCGACGCUACCCCCUGCACGAGGAUGUCUCAUACCAGCGCCUCAAUGAAUGUGAUGACAUGGAGUCUCUGGCUGCCAUGUACGACCAGCAGACCGCCCCACCCCCCAACGUCUCCCCGCCCCCAUAUUCUCCCUCCCCCAACACACCAGCAGCAGGGGUCACACCCGCCCCACAGGAAUCAGCUGCUGCUCAGUCUCUCAGUGUCAGUGCUUAGCAAGAAGCCAGUCUCGGGUGAUGGGCUAGGUCUUACAGGGAAUACAGCCACAGUUACGUUGGCCAGAGCCGGCACACAUUCACAUUCAUGUUACAAGAGAUGUGUCACAGACAUGUACAUUCUAUAAGGGAUUAGGGUGGACAGAAGCAUUUGAUGGUCAUGAAUAUAUAUGACAGGAUUUUCAUGAAUAGGUCACAAUAAAUUGAUUAUUAAAUUAAGAUAUGAUUUUUUUAAGUAUGAGUCAGGAGUAUAUCUCUGUGUAAUGGGUUUUCGUAUGCUUAAGAAACAUUCAUAGUUUUCUCAUAAUAAUUACAAGAACAACUGUAAAACAUCUCACUCAGUUAUAAAAGAAAAACUUUAUCUUAAAAAUAGGCCAUGAUCCAAGUAUUUGCAAUGUCUGUGUGACGUCACACCAGGAUAAGCAUGGCCGUCCUAAAACGUAUGAUGUCCGAAAACGAAUGAUGUCCGAAAACCUAUGUCCGAAAACCUAUGAUGUCCGAAAAUCUAUGAUGUCCGAGACCUAUGAUCCGAGGAUACAUUAACUGUUGACGGAUGCGAUUUACAGGAAGCCUGCACAGACUUUGUACAGUGUGUAUUUUAUCAAGUAAGGAAAGAAGGACACAUGUCGUGAGUUUCUUCACCUGUAGGUGCUGAUGACUGUAAUACGACGUGAGGCAGGGUGUUUGGUAGGGAGUCGGGUGGGGAUGAAAAUCUAAGAAUCAAUUUAUAAUGGCCACAGGCAGAGGCCUUUGGAAAAGAAAUAGGCAAGGGAGAAUUAAUUUUUGGUUACAUAUUUAGAACAUUACCAUUGCUUUAGUGAUGACUGCGAGGGCGUUUUUGCCAAGUUGGGGAGGACCAUCUCAUCUGCAAACAUGACUGAAUAAUCU